CCAAUUAACAAACUGCCAAUUUAGAACAUAGAAAUUGACAAUGGCUAUAAAACUAAAGAUAAAGGUACCUUCAAGUAGUAGUAAUGGGGAGUCUAGCAAGCAAACUAGUGCACCAUUGCCGAAGUUGAAAAUCAAACCACUUUCAGGUUCACCACCACAAAAGAAGCUUAAAAUCAGCCUAAAGAAACCAGAUUCAUCUUCAAGUUCCAGUAGCAAUGUCACCGAAGAGAAACCACGAGCGGUCCCUAGAGUCAGAAUAAAACCAACCAGGAUUCCCGGAGAAGGCUAUGAUUCAGAAGCACCGGAUUUGGAAGAUGAUCCUUUAAUUGAACAAGGUAUAAUAGUAAGAUUCUUAAAUGAUGUGAAUUUGGACUUUGUACAUAAUGCUGUUGAUACUGGUGAUUUAACAGGUGUAAAUAUUAAGUGGAUUACUCGUGAGAAAGCAGUUGUGAAUGUGAAUGGAACAUUAUAUUCUGCUCGUUUGAUUGAUUUACCUACCAUUACAGAAUUAUAUAAAACUGUUGACAAAAAGAAUAUAUUUAAGACUUUUGAUAUAUGUCAAAUCUUAUUAGUAUUGCAUAAAGUGAUACCGUCAGAAUUAAAUGUGGAAAAGGAUUUCGAAAUUCCAGAAGAAGUUUUAUUCAAACAUCCAUUAUAUUCAUUAUCCAAACAAGCAGAAAUAAAACAAAAUAAGCUUGUAUUAAAGGAUGGGUUGAUAGAUCCUUUUGAGAAAGUUCAUAGAAGAUUCAAGCCAAGAAAAGCACCACACAGAGUCGUAGAUGAUAUAGACUUACGAGUUAAUGAAUUGAUCCGUUUAGAUGAUGAAGCAGAAGAAAGUCAUUUUGAAUUGGUAGAUCCAAAGAAGACUGUUCAAAGAUAUGGUACUGGAACACCAUCAGCUGCAGCCACGCCUGCUGCAACGAAGAGCUCAGUUGAGCCAGAAGAGUUUGAUAUGGAAGCAGAUGAGCCAGAUUUGGAAGAAGAAUUACAAAGAGCUUUGGAUGAAGAAGGUGAAUUUGAACUCGCGGACGCAGAAGGCGAUGCGGCUGAAGUCGAAAUAGAAGGCGAGCUUGAUGCAGCAGAUGAAAUACAAGAAGAAGGAGAGAUAGAAGAUGAAGAAGAGGAGGACGAAGAAGAAGAAGACGACGAUGAUGACGACGACGAGGAAGAAGAAGAUGAAGACGAAGAUUCUAAGGCAGAUAAACAGCAUGUUAAAUUACUUGAAGAAGAGAUUGCAGAUCUUGAAAAAGUGGUGGAAUACAAUAGAAGAAACCUUGCAACUGCAAAUAGUAAGAUGUUGAAGAUGAAAUUUCAAAACACUUAUACUUCAUUGAAAGCAUCAUUAGAUCAAAAGAAGAGAGAUUUAGGUAAAAUACUAGAAGAGCAAGACCAGUUGCAAAAGAAACUGGAUCCUAAUCAUGUAUUAAACCAAUCAAAGGGUGCUGACGAAGAUGACGAAGAAGAAGAUGAAGAGCAAGAAGAUGAAGAUGAAGAAGGAGAAGAAGACGAGGAAGAUGAAGAAGGCAAUAACGAGGAUAAUAUCAAUGAUAUAGAUGAUCUCUUUUAAUUGUAUUUACAUAUAUCGAUAUAUUGCAUAUAUUAAAUUUUUUGAGUAUCCCGCGGAGUCAAAAUUAUAAACUGUAAAUUUGGGACAUCUCUUCUUUAAGAACCAAACAAAAAAAAAA